AUGAACUUCGAGCAUCUUUCUUUGGGAAUGGAUCAUGCAAAGAAGAAUCGUUUGCUGGAUGGUGAAGAGCUUUUGCGCCUGGAAGAAUUGAACCAUGCAGCCCAUGCGGCUAAACAAGACGGAUUGGGAAUAGAUGAUCCAGAGCAAGCUGUGCAGAAGAAAGAUGAGGACCAGGACAUGGAAGCAGCGGGGAACUGCAUAGGAGACUUGCAGAACCGCUACAGCCUUGUCCUGGGAAGGCCGUUGGCAAAGAACGAGCCUCGCUACCGCAAGCUGGCAGCCUUUUCAGAUAGAAGUUGUGGCCAAACAGCCCGUGAGAGGGUAUCAGAUUUCGUCCGUUCAAAAAGUCGAACGGGCAGCUGGGACCUGUGUGGUUGGGUGGGACUAGGAAAGGUGCCUUCUUUUGACCACCUCCAGCUCCAAAAGAAAACCGGAGUUGCAACGCCCAGCCUCAUAUUCGGUCGUGGAAAGCCCAACCUCACAUUCGGUCGUGGAAAGGCAAACAUUUGCCAGAUAUAUUGCCGAUGCUUUGCCAAAGAUCAGCAUUUGCGGCUAAUUUUUUUGACCCGAUUUCCACUCAAAGCCUAA